CUGCAGUGGUUUGGUGGGGGGAUGGUGGUCGUGUGUCUGGGGGGCUGCAGGGUGGAGUGUUUAGCUGUAGCUGCUCGGUAUGUUUGUUUGGUGGAGCUGAAGGCGGACAUGUGGAGAUGUAGAGAGUCUCCAGAUGCGGGUUUCGGGUUGGUGAGUGAGUGAGGAAUAAUGCGGAGGUAUGUGCGGGCUCUGGUCCUGUGCACGGUUCUGGUCCUGCUCUCGGUUCUCUACGUGUUGAGUGAGCUACAUGCUAACAGGGCUAACACGACUCCUCUGCUCCGCUUCUCCUCCUCCUCUUUCUCCUCCUCACACACUAAUAAUAGUAAUGAUAACAGACCGCAGACCAAACCACCGCACACCGCCGACCGGAGCCGCGGAGACGGCAGAAAUGCUGCACCGAAAGCAGAUUCAGCUGGAAGACGGGAGGAGGCGAUUCAUCUGGCAGUGGUGGCUUGUGGGACGAGGCAGGAUGAGGCUGUCAGCGUGCUCAAAUCUGCGGUGAUACUGAGCAACAGAGCAAUGAGAUUUCAUUUAUUUGCUGAGGAUCAGCUGCACAGCAGUAUAAAAGCAGUUCUGGACUCUUGGCCCGCUUCUGUUAGGCAGAAGUUCAGCUACACUGUGUAUCCAGUCUCCUUCCCCAGCCAGGACCAGAGCGAGUGGAGUAAGCUUUUUAAGCCCUGUGCUUCACAGAGACUUUUCCUGCCUAUGAUUUUAAAGGAGGUGGACUCGCUGCUGUAUGUGGACACAGAUGUUCUUUUCUUGCGGCCCGUGGAGCUGCUGUGGGACCUUUUCAUGCAGUUUAACUCGAGUCAGCUGGCAGCAAUGGCACCAGAGCACGAGGAGCCGCGCAUUGCCUGGUACAACCGCUUUGCCCGCCAUCCAUAUUAUGGACAAACAGGCAUCAACUCUGGUGUGAUGUUGAUGAACUUGACCCGAAUGAGACGGGCCCAUUUUAAGAAUGACAUGACUACUGUAGGUCUGCGCUGGGAGGAGCUUCUGGUGCCACUGCUCAAUAAAUAUAAGCUAAACAUCACCUGGGGAGAUCAAGACCUCAUCAACAUCAUCUUUCAUCAUAAUCCUGAGAAGCUGCUGGUGUUUCCAUGCCACUGGAACUACCGUCCUGAUCACUGCAUCUACGGCAGUAACUGCAUCCAUGCAGAGCAGGAAGGGGUGUUUGUUCUUCAUGGAAAUAGAGGAGUGUUCCACACUGAGAAACAGCCUGCAUUCAAGGCUGUGUAUGAUUCUGUUAGAGAGUACUCUUUUGGAGAGGAUUUGGUAACUUCGUUUUGGCUGCCCUUGGAAGACAAGCUGAAUGAGACCACACACACUUAUUGCGGAAAAAUCAGUCAUCUCUUUACCAGAGCACUGAACCAAUCCGCGGGAUUCACACUGAGAACCACUUUACUUAAUGACUGAGGUGUUCUUUGGAAACAAAGCUUAAUGUACUGUACCAUCUUUCCACUGGAUAAGAAUGUUAAAGCUGGAAUGUGCCUUUGUGAUGUAAAUAAUAAUUAAGACAUUGCUAACAGGCUCUAGACUGUGUUCAGGCCUGCAACAUUAUGGACACUCUAACCUUGUGAGACAGACGGUCAGAAUACAGUGAUGUGCAGUAAUUUCAAUACUACAUCUGCAUCAGCAAUUAUUUGGUUGAAAUGAUGGACUUUUUGCUGCUUGUUGAACGUAAAGCAGGUGUACAGACUGCUUUAAUGAAAAUCUGCUGUGCUGUAUUUGCUUUUGUGUUUACUGGGGAAGCUGAACUUCAUUGUCUUCCAGUGGGAUAUGUGGGGGACCGUUUAGGUGGCCUUAUUGAAGCAGGAAUGGCAGCUAAACAGCUCAGGGAUUUGAAUAUAUUUGUGAAUAUUUUGUGCUAAAGGAUGUAAAUAAAACUUUUUUAUAUACA